AUGGGCAUCCGUAGGGCAGCAGGGUGUCCCAGCACGGUGUGGCUGGGAGAAGGCCUGGCGGGUGGCCGAGAGAAUAAAAUGCCCAUCUUGAUCUCCAAGAUCUUUAAGGGGCUGGCAGCAGACCAGACCGAGGCGCUCUACGUGGGGGACGCCAUCCUCGCCGUCAACGGGACCGACCUGUCCGAGGCAACGCACGACGAGGCGGUGCAGGCGCUGAAGAAGACGGGCAAGGAGGUGGUCUUGGAAGGUGGCCGAGAGAAUAAAAUGCCCAUCUUGAUCUCCAAGAUCUUUAAGGGGCUGGCAGCAGACCAGACCGAGGCGCUCUACGUGGGGGACGCCAUCCUCGCCGUCAACGGGACCGACCUGUCUGAGGCAACGCACGACGAGGCGGUGCAGGCGCUGAAGAAGACGGGCAAGGAGGUGGUCUUGGAAGUGAAGUACAUGAAGGAGAUCUCCCCCUACUUCAAGAACUCCUCCGCGGGGGCGACGGUCAGCUGGGACCCCUCUCCCUCCGCCCUGCAGAAGCGCUCGUCCCCCCUCCUGCCCCCUCGGGAGCUCCGGGAGGGCAGGACCGUGCCCUUGAAGAUGUGCUACGUGUCCCGCAAGUGCCUCCCCGCCGACCCGGAGCACAGGUACCUGGAGGUGUGCUCGGCGGACGGGCGCCUUGCCCUCUUCCUGCGGGCCAAGGACGAGGCCACGGCGCAGUCGUGGCUCAGUGCCAUCCAGGCCAACGCGGGCGCCCUGCUCCCGAGGGUGAAGGAGGAGCUGCGAGCCCAGCUGGCGGGUGCCGGCGCGGUGGCCGGACGGGACAUCAAGCACGUGGGCUGGCUGACCGAGCAGCUCCCCAGCGCUGGCACCAGGAACCUGCUGGCCGUCCUCACCGAGAAGGAGCUGCUGCUCUAUGGCAGCCUGCCCCAGAGCCGUGAGGCCAUGGGCAAGCCCACCCACAGCUACCCCCUCAUCGCCACCAGGGGAGAGCCUCAGGGAGGACAGCAGAGUCCCAUGGUGGUGGCAGAGGCUUUUGAGAUGAUGAUCAUCACCUCCAUCCCCUUCCAGCUCCCCAGCGCUGGCACCAGGAACCUGCUGGCCGUCCUCACCGAGAAGGAGCUGCUGCUCUAUGGCAGCCUGCCCCAGAGCCGUGAGGCCAUGGGCAAGCCCACCCACAGCUACCCCCUCAUCGCCACCAGGCUGGUGCACUCGGGUCCGGCCAAGGGCUCUGCGCUGUACGAGGCGGAGCUGUCGUUCGCGCUGCGCAGCGGCACCCGGCUGGGGGUGCAGACCCACCUCUUCAGCCUGGAGAACCCCCGCGACCUGGCGCUGUGGACCCGCCUGCUGGUGGACGGCACCCACGGGGCCGCCGAGCUGGUCCAGGAGGUCUCCACAGCCUGCACGUGGAAGGGGCAGGAUUGCACCCUGUCCAUCCACAUCGACAAGGGCUUCACCAUCUUCACCGCCGAGCCCGGGCUCAGCAAGACCGUCCUGCUCCAGCAGCCCUUCGAGAAGCUGCAGAUGUCCUCUGAUGAUGGCACCAAGAUGCUCUACCUGGACUUUGGUGGCCCGGAGGGAGAGAUUCAAUUGGAUCUUCACUCCUGCCCCAAAACCAUCGUCUUCAUCAUCCACUCCUUCCUCUCGGCCAAGGUGACCCGGCUGGGGCUGCUGGCGUGAAGAAGGAGCCAAGGGCCGGGCAGAGCAGCCCCAGCCCCCCGGCCCAAUCUAUGCACCUCCCUCCCAACCCCAAGCCAUCCCAAAGGGACCAGAGCCCCCACGGGGUCCCACCACCCCCAAGGAACAGCACCAUCCGACUGGGAAGAACAACUCCCGGGGCGUCUGGGGGCAGCAGUGGGGUGAAAUCCCUCCUGGAUGGCAGCACCGGGACAUCUCCCAUCCCUUCUUCCCCUCCUUCCUUCCACUCCGAUGCUCGGCGGCGGCUGGAGAAGCCCGGUGGGAGCCUGGUCGUCACCCCAGUGCCUUGUGAGAUGAUAUUUUCAGUACAAAGAACCCAUUUGUAUCGAUGUUUUAUAUUUAUAUCGCCCAGUCCAAAAAUGCUGUGACGCGGCAGCUCUCGCCCGCCUGGCUUGGACCUUCUCCCGGAGAGUCCCCAGGUCCUGCAGCACGAGGACGUGUGUCUGUCCCCAGGUCCUGCAGCACGAGGACGUGUGUCUGUCCCCAAGACAGGCAACCCGAGGCUGGAGACCGGAGCCAGCUCCGCAGCGCGGGAGAGAUGGGAACUGCGGAUCAGCUUUAUUUGCCAAAUUUUUUCCAUAGGAAUGAUAGGAACCACUUUUCUUUGUCGGAGUUGGACGGUUCGUUUUAUUUUGCCAACUCCUGGGUCACUUUGUUUCUCAGUUUCAAGGGGGAGGGUUGUCAGGUGGCUGCUGGGAAACAACUUCUUUGAUGAACCAAAAGAUUCUGCAUGAAAAUGCCUUUUUUUUUUUUUUUUUUUUUUUUGGGGUCAAAAAACUCGUCAGAGGAAAAAAAUCUUUGUGCUUGGUUUUACUUUAUGUUAGAAACAUAGACAAGGUUUUUUUUUCCUUUUUUAGGGGAAAAAAAUUUAUGUGUACAGAGAACAAAAGUAUAUUUUCAGUUUUACUUUUGUAUAUAAACCUAAGAUGGCCUCACUGGUAAAAAUAAGAAAAAAAAAAAAAAGACAAAACAAAAAAAAAAUUAACAAAAACAAGGAGCUUCAGUUCAUUUUUAUGGAUGUUGAAGAUUUUA